CAACUAAGUAAUUAGUAUUAAUUUGUAAAUAUAAUAUUUGUUGCAAUGUCUCAAAGUAAUUCAACAGUUGUAGUUAAAACUUUUUAGCCUUCCUAAAAAGAAGAGAAGCUUAAAAGUAAAUUGUAUGCAAAUGCAGGGUAAACUUAAAAAAGAUAAAUUUAGUAAGCUAGCAUAAAUAAACCUGCACGCUCUUCCUCAUAGUAGAAUUCUUAGAAUUAAUAAAACACAAAUUAAAUUUAGUAAGCGUAAUUGAAUUAGCAGUAAAUCUAAUAAAAUGCUACAAACCCUUCUUAAUUUUAGCAAAUUUAUAAUUAAAUUCCUGAUCAAAAAGUUGAUUAAUUCCUCAAAUAAAUGGAGAAUGAAUUAAGCAAUUUAAAUAAAAAAUAAGUAUCGAUAGGAAUGCUAAACUCUCAAGCUCAAAUUUUAAAGGAAUAAAAUGAAAUUUUAAACGAAAAUUAAAAGUAAUUACAGGUGCUUAUGCAUUAGAUUUAGAAUGAAGAUAAAUUGUCUAAAUAAAAAAAUGAAUUGAUAGAGUAAAAUAAGAAGGAAUUGCAGAAGUUAUUAGCACCAAUUAAUGAAUAAAUUCAAGAGAUAAAGAUGAUUUAUGAAUAGACUAAGAAAAGCUAGAAGGAAAUAUCGUUUUAAAUGGAUAAAUCUCCUGCAGCUGCUGGAAACUUUCAAUAAAAUCCUCAACUGAAUUAAAAUUUAUAGGAUUUUUAAAAAGCUAAUUCUUCUUUGAAAAAUAAAUUAGAGAUAACAUCAUAAAAUUUAAAUGGAUUUCUUCCUGAAAACAUGAACGCUUUUGCAAAUAUGACAAAUUUCAACAUUGAUUUAUACACUAAAACAAUUAAUAAUUUAAAAAACCAAAUUUUAGAAUUGCAGAGAGAUGCUCAGAAAGCUGAAUUUGAAUUAGAAGAAAGAUAGGAAAAACUUAACAGACUACCUAAGUAAUAAGAAAUACUUAUUCCAAUUUAAGAAAAUAUUUAAGCUCAAGUUGAAAAUAUCGAUUUUGUUUCUUCUCGCUAAAUAGUAAAUAAUAAGCUUGGAGGAGAAUUUGAUUAUGAAUUAUAUAAUGAAUCGUUGAAUGAGCUUUAGUCUGACUAUGAAUAAUUAUGGAGAGAGUAUUAGUAAGAGUUAUCAAUUCACAGUGUACACAUCCCAAAAAUAAGUUUAACUUAAGCAGAAAUAAAUGAACUUUCAUAUAAGAUGCCUAGUGUUUUAGAUGAUAUUAAAUUAAGACUAGGAUUAGACCCAUCUAAGCCUAUGAAAAACCCUAAUCUUAGAAUUAAAUAAAGAGAGUAAUAGCAAAAUUACAUUGAUAUGGCAAGGUAAGAUCCUGAUCCAAUUACAAAUUAUGCAAAAAACCAAACUCUUAAACCAAAAAAUUUAGAAACAUUAAAAUCCGAGCCUGUUCCUUGCCCAAGAGAAGUAAAAUACGAGAAACUAAAUUAAUCUUAUAAGGUUCAAUAUGACACCUUACUCGUAAAUAAAUAGCAAUAAUAGGAUCAUUAAAAUUAAAGGAGCUCAUUAGCUGAUAUUCCUUCGUUUUCUAAACCUGCUCCUUAUGCUAAAAUCACUGCUCCUUAACAAUAAUAGUAGCCUUAAAGCUAAGUUUUUUAUCCAAAAUCUAAUGUUUCUUCAAUGAAUGAAAUUAAGCGUAAACAAUCCGGUGGAAUUCAAAAUAAAUUAUAAGGAUCUCACUAAAAAAAUAAAAGCAUACAAAUGAAAUCUUUAGUUGACAAAGAUAUGGAUUAAGAGCUUUAAGAAUAUGAAGAAGUAGAAGAAGAUUAUGAGAGAUAUCUUAAAAUACAAAUGGACGAAAAGAUUACUCAAAAUCUUAUUAACCCUUACAGAGAUAACUAGUUGACCUUUUAAAAAAAGUAGGUACCAUCACAAGAUUAAUAAGAAGAGUAAGAUGAAUAAAUUUAAAUUUCCUUAGCUAAAAAUUAAUUUUUACAAUAACCACUUGAUAAAGAUUCAUUAAAAGAUAUAUUUUUACAAGUCCUUUAAGAAAAUAAAGAAUAAAUUUUUGGUAAUCUUCUUCAAAAUAAUUAAAAUGACUUUAAUUAAAAUAAUUCAAAUGAUUAAAACGCCAGAAGAAAACUUAGUGAUUUAAUAAUCAAAAAAGAUAAGAACGACAGUUAAGUGUCUCCCUUAAAAAAUUCUUCAUUUAUCAAUUAAAUAAACUAAAAUAACUCUCAGUAGUAAUUUUAGCAGUAAUAAUAAUAGCAAUAGUAACAGCAAUAGUAGUAAAAUUAGAACUAGUAAUCAUAAGUAGGAAGACUAAGUUUGCAAGGAAACUUUUAGGAUUAUACACAAAAUUUUAAUAUUUAAUAAUAAUCUUAAGAUUUAGCAAUGAAUUUUUUAAAUGUUAUAAAUUCAACACUAGCUUCUGUAAACUAAGCUGUAAAUAAAGCAUAAAAUCUUAAUUAAAACAAGAAAAAACAUGGCCUUGAUUUUGAAGAGGUCUCAGAGGGUAGUCUAGAGGAUGAUAGCAUGGAAGCUGGAGUUUAAAAUAUAUCUAAAAAACCUCCAGUAUAAUAUCCAUAAAAUAAUUAGUUUAGUUAAUAUGGAGGAGGUUAAAUUCCUACCCAAAACUUUAAUAGAUAAAUGCAGCAAUAGCCUUUUGGAAUGACUUUAAAUCCAUUUUAGUUAUAAUAAUAGCAAUAAUAAAUGAUGAUGAUGGGAGGUGUUAACAUGCCUUAACCAAUUUAUCCUGGAAUGAUGAUGCCAGCUACUUGGAUGGCUCCACCUCCUAUGCCAAAUGCUAUGCAGUAUAAUAAUAAUAUGGGAAAUAACUAAAAAAUUGAUUAAGAAAUAGAUGAUAAGAAAAUAAAUUUAAAUGAGUACUACAGAGAAUAUUAAUUAAGUGAUACAGAAACAGUAGUAAACUAAAGUAGUAUAAGUAUGAGCUAAAUAGAUACAAAAAGCAAUAGAUCUUAUGCAGACUCAAUAUUUUAGAGUUAAGAUAAUUCUAAAAGUGAAGGCCAGGUUUCUGUUCCAGGAAGGAAGUCAAUUAGCAAUAUAAAAGUUUAAAAUGAAUACUAUCCUCCUAAUAAAUCAACCUUAAGCUAAGGAGAGUUAUCAUAAAGUCAUGAAAUAUCUUAAGAUUACAGUAGAAGAAGGAGUACUGAUAGAAGACCUUAGUAAAACAAUAAAUAUAAUAACUAAAAUCAAAACAACAAAGUUGUUGGAGACGAUAUGUGGAAAUAUAUGUCAGAUGAUUAUAGUGAAGGAUAAGUUUGA